AUGCCGAGUGUAGACAUCUCAAUUAACAAAUUGAUAGAUAUCUUCUCGAAAGACGCAGAUGCCUCAACAACGAUCAACACACCAUUGGGUCAUGUAAUGAUAGAGAUUCAAGGAGACCUUUUAUAUCCAAGUAAGAGGAUUGAUCCAGAGAAUGAUGUCGAUUGUAGGUUCAUACGACAAGACGGUGAAGAUAUGGUAAGAUUUGGGAUUUUGUCUUAUGAUCUGCAAACGCGAAAGGCGACAUUAUUUAUAGGGAGCAAGCAAAGAAUGCUAGGCCAAAUUGUUAAAAUAGAUCCACCGCUAGGAGUAUUAAAAUUUGAUAAAGAGGAUGGCACGGUGUCUCUUCGAGACGUUAUAAGAUAUAAGAUACUGUUUAAGGAUAGACCCUUACCAAUUAUGUAA